UGCACUUGGCAGUGCAUCCUUACAAACAUGGUGUCGAGUAAGGAUCUGGCGAAAGUAGGGCAGCGUUUGACAGACAAAGAAAACUCUUUGACAGAUCGCUUUCGGGCAUUGUUCACACUCAGAAACCUCGGUGGAAAGGAAGCAAUCGAUUAUAUUGCAAGUACAUUUGAUGAUCCAUCGGCACUUUUGAAACAUGAAUUGGCCUUCUGCUUAGGCCAGAUGCAAGACAAGUAUGCUGUACCUGUCCUUGUAAAGGUCCUUGAGGAUAAAGUUCAAGAUACUAUGGUACGUCAUGAAGCAGCAGAAGCUUUGGGGGCUAUUGGAGACCCUGCUAUAAUGGAAAUCCUUCAAAGAUAUUCAAAUGAUUCUUCUGUAGAGGUAGCAGAAACUUGCCAAUUGGCGAUUGGCCGAAUAAAAUGGCUUCAAGAGAAGAAACUUGAGGAAGAGAAGAAAAAUCCUUAUUGCUCUGUGGAUCCAGCUCCUCCUGCUGACGAGAAUGAUAUAAAUAUGUUAAAAGAAACUUUGCUGGAUGAAUCAAAAACAUUAUUUGAUCGAUACAGGGCAAUGUUUAGCUUAAGGAAUAAAAAUACUGAAGAGUCAGUAUUAAUUCUUGCUGAAGGUUUGAAGUGUUCAAGUGCACUGUAACAUGAAAUAGCAUAUGUCCUUGGCCAGAUGCAACAUCAAGCAGCCAUUAAAGGACUUUCUAUGUCUUUGAGCAAUAAAUCUGAAAACCCAAUGGUAAGACAUGAAUGUGCUGAAGCCCUUGGUUCAAUUGCCAAGGAAAAUUGCAUAGAUAUUCUAAAAGAUUACCUCAAGGACAAUGAACAGGUUGUAAAUGAGAGUUGUAAGGUAGCAUUGGAUAUGUAUGAAUAUGAAACAACAUCACAAUUUCAGUAUGCUAAUGGUCUUGAAAAAUAACUAAUAGAUAGAUAUUUCAGAUAUCAAUAUAUGGUUAUUGAAAUUUGAAUAAAAAUGUAAAAUGUAUCAUUUGAAUUCAGACAUAGAGACUUAAAUCAAUUUUAGGAGAUAUUUUGGCUUCUUAAAAAUUAUUUCCUCAGUUGUGAGUCAUACUUCUAACACCUCUACUUUUUUUUGCCAGUUCUUCUGCAAAUUUAAAACAAUUAAAACUAUGCCUAUCUCUGUUUGGUAUUUGUCAGAAGUUUAUUUAGAAGGAAACUGAAAAAUAAAGAUAAAUCAUACUCUCCCCAUUUCCAUUACCCUACAAUUAAGAAAAUAUGAUUAUAAUAGGUUCCAUUCUCAGUUCUGAGUUGACAUCAUCAAUUCUCCCUCCUGCUAUUUACAGACCUUUGUCAAAAAUGGACCUCAGAUUUGAAACUUUUAUGUUGAAGUUUGUCUAUACCGAAAACUUUAUGUUGUUUAGAUGGUUUGGGCACAGUUUGGUUACCAUGUUUAGAUGGUUACCAUGUUUUGAAAAAUUAAAUAUUUCUAAAGAUUAGAAUUUGAUUUCACUAAGGGUUCUUAUUUUUAAUUGAAUUGUAUUAUUCUCAUUUAGGUAUCAAAUAUCAUGCUUUUAUACUUGU